GGACUCCGCCUCCUAGAGAGUUAGGCGUAGUGGCGUCUUCCGCCAGGUCGUCUGCUCUUCGCUCCUGAGGUGGGACCACGCCCCGGUCCACGCCUUCCCAGCGGGCAGUUUCCCAACCACCGUUGCUAAGCGGCCGUUAUCUGGCAGCGAGGUGCUGGGCUGCGGCGGUUGCAGACGGUGGUCACCGGGCCUCAGGAGGUGACCAUGGAAAAAGAGCUUCGGAGCACCAUUCUUUUCAAUGCAUACAAAAAGGAAGUCUUUACCACCAGCAAUGGCUAUAAAUCCAUGCAGAAAAGACUUCGGAGUCAUUGGAAAAUUCAGAGCUUAAAAGAUGAAAUCACACCUGAGAAGCUCAUUGGGGUGAAACUGUGGAUUACAGCUGGGCCGAGGGAAAAAUUUACCGCAGCUGAGUUUGAAGUCCUAAAGAAAUACCUUGAAGGUGGUGGAGACAUCCUUGUGAUGCUAGGAGAGGGUGGGGAAUCCAGAUUUGAUACCAACAUUAACUUUCUCCUAGAAGAAUAUGGAAUCAUGGUUAAUAAUGAUGCUGUGGUUAGAAAUGUGUAUUAUAAGUAUUUCCAUCCUAAAGAAGCUCUAGUUUCCAAUGGAGUCUUGAAUAGGGAGAUUAGCCGAGCUGCAGGGAAGGCCGUGCCUGGGAUCCUUGAUGAGGAGAGCAGUGGAAAUAAUGCCCAGGCUCUCACCUUUGUCUAUCCUUUUGGUGCCACGCUGAGUGUCACGAAACCUGCAGUGGCUGUGCUGUCCACAGGCUCUGUCUGUUUCCCGCUUAACAGACCCAUCCUGGCUUUCUAUCACUCGAAGAACCAAGGUGGGAAACUGGCAGUGCUUGGCUCAUGUCACAUGUUCAGUGACCAAUAUUUGGAUAAAGAAGAAAACAGCAAAAUCAUGGAUGUUGUUUUCCGGUGGCUCACGACAGAAGACAUCCGCCUAAACCAGAUUGAUGCUGAGGACCCAGAGAUUUCCGACUACAUGAUGCUGCCCGACACAGCUGCCCUGUCCGAGCGGCUGCGAGUGUGUCUCCAGGAGGGCGAUGAGAACCCGCGGGACUUCACCAGCCUCUUCGACCUGUCCCUUUACCAGCUGGAUACCACCUCCCUCCCGAAGGUCAUCAAGGCUUAUGAACAGCUCAACGUGAAACACGAACCUCUCCAGCUCAUCCAGCCUCAGUUUGAGACGCCGCUGCCAGCCCUUCAGCCAGCAGUUUUCCCUCCUACUUUCAGGGAAUUACCACCUCCUCCGCUGGAGCUAUUUGACUUAGAUGAGACGUUCUCCUCUGAGAAGGCCCGGCUUGCUCAGAUUACCAAUAAGUGUACUGAAGAAGACCUGGAAUUCUAUGUCAGGAAGUGUGGCGACAUCCUCGGAGUCACCAAUAAGCUCCCAAAGGACCGGCAAGAUGCCAAACAUAUCCUUGAGCACAUCUUCUUCCAAGUGGUGGAGUUCAAGAAGUUGAACCAGGAACAUGACAUUGACACGGCAUUCCAGAACAACUUCUGAGGACCAGGCCUCUUGAAGCAUCUUCUGCCUCCUGAUUCUUUGUAAACUUUUUGAAUUAUCUCUGUUUUUUAUGAAAACUGUCUGUACAGUUUUUCCUCUCUGACCUGUGGGAAGGUCUGUGCAUCUUCUGUAGUGCCCAGAGAGGGACAACAUUUCUUAUGUAAGAUAUGUUCUGUUUUUUAAAUGUUUGAAUCUGUAUUUUGACAAUUGAUGCAUCAGUCUUUCAUUGAAAUCUUUCCUUUCCAGUUUUAGAUGUGAUUCUCUUUUAUCAAAAGCAUAAAAAACAAACUUAACCCACAGUCUGUUUGCCCCACUAUGCCUAUGAAUAGGCCUCCCAGGUGGCACUGGUGGAAGGUAAAAUAGUUGGUAGGUAUCUUCCUCACAUAGAUCACUCACUCCUUCACCUCCCAGCUGCCCACAGGCUCAACCAUUUGGAGGCUGUUGUCUUAGCCCACAGUUUGUCCCCCUCCUUUGAGCUCCUGAACCACUCAGUUUUAUCAUUUUAGGUUAGAAUAUAGGACAAAAGGUGAUCAUCUGUCCCAAGGACAAUGGGAGAGAUUGUACUUGCUUGAGUGUGACAGUCAAUAUGGAAGUGCACAAUGUACUGGAUACUCUAGGAACCAGCUUUAGGGAAAGCCUGAAAGACAAAGAUUGCAGAUCCACCACCAUGUAUGUAAGGGAUGUGGUUCAAUGGGAGUAGCUUAACUGGUGGGUUCUGUAAAGGUAGGAAGCGUGGAAGGAAGGCCCUUGGGGGCGUCAUGUAACCCCAAGAGGAAAUAACGAGGGCAGGGAUUUAAGAUGCUGUUGUAGGGACUUUCCUGGCGGUCCAGUGAUUAAGACUCCACUUCCAAUGCAGGGGGCACAGGUUUGAUCCCUGGUCAGUAAGCUAAGAUCCCACAUGCUAUGGUUGUACAGCCAAAAUAUUUGAAGGGAAAAAAAAAAGGUUCCUAAGAUGCUAUUGUAAGAAACCUGGCAUUCUGAAAUAGAUUUGGUCUGGGUGUUGAAGGUCAGGUUGGCAACAUCUUGAGGCUGAUUGCCUGGAACAGUGGUGAAGCUAAUGGAAGACAGGGAUUCUAAAGGGUGAACUUGUUUGGAGCAUGAGAACCAACUGAGACAAUGUCAAUUCAUGGAAGUGGUAAUAACCAGUCAAUAGCUAGAAGUCCCUAAAUGAGGCUUAGAAAAGAUGUCCAGUCUUAAUACCUUAGUUUUUCACAUGGAGUUGAUCACUGAAGCCAGAAUACACUGUCAAGGAAUGAAUUUUUUUUUUUUUUUUUUAAUUUAAAACCUUGGGAAGAAAGACUCAAGUCACAUCCUGAAUUCCAAAAGACUUAUUUAUUCAUGUUAAAGCUGUGUUUGUAGGCUUCCAUUUUCUCACACACUCAAGCCUGAGUGCAGGGUUUCUUCAUUGAAUACUGGGGACGGGGGAGACCACUCUGAUGAAAGGGCAGAAUCCAAGGGCCUACUGGGGACAAGCAGCUAUGGAACAGCAUAGUGUUGUGGAAAUAUAUUUGGAAUACACUCCAAAAACGUGCUCAAAAAUUACCUCCCAACCCAUGUGCUCUUCUCAUACACUCUGGGCCUGGUGCUCCUGCCAUUGAGAGGUGAGGUCCGUGAUCCGUGCCUCUGAUUGUGGCACCAUGGAAGUGACACUGACUUCCGAGGCUAGGUCAUAAAAGGCUAUACAGCUUCUGCCUGGUUCUCUUGGGAUACUCAUCAUUACAGUCACAAGCCUCCAUGCAAGAAGUCUGAGGUUACCUGGAUGGCUAGGUGGAUAGGCCAUGAAUAGAUGUUAUGUUCUGGCCAACAGCCAACCUAUACAAGCAUUGCCUGCUAAACUCGUGAGUGAAGAGUCACCAAUUGUCCUAGCUGAGGUCCCAGAUGCUAUGGAGCAAACUGUCCCUGCUCUGACCUUUUUGAAUUCCUGACCCACACAAUCUAUAAACCUAAUAAGAUAGCAGUUGAAGCCA